ACACGCACUCCGCGCGCGCCCCGCCGCACGCGCCCUCCCGCCACCGCCGCACGCGCCUUCCCGCCACCACCACCGCGCCAUGCCCGCCGAUACGGGUAUGGAGAAGCCGACCGCGUCCCCCAUCGCCGGCGCCCCGGCCAGCGCCAGCCACACACCGGACAAGCCGCGGAGCGCCAGCGAGCACCGGAAGGUAAAUGGCGGGUGCCGGUUGGGAAGCAGCAACGGUGGCGGAGGCGCUGGAUGGCGGCGAACCCGCGGCCGUGCUGAGUCAUCCAAGCCUAUCAUGGAGAAGCGGCGCCGGGCGCGGAUCAACGAGAGCUUGGGGCAGCUGAAGACGCUCAUCCUGGAUGCGCUGAAGAAGGAUAGCUCCCGGCACUCCAAGCUGGAAAAAGCAGACAUCCUGGAGAUGACGGUCAAGCACCUCCGGAACCUGCAGCGGGCCCAGAUGACGGCAGCGCUCAGCGCCGACCCCACCGUCCUGGGCAAGUACCGGGCUGGAUUCAACGAGUGCAUGAACGAGGUGACCCGGUUCCUAUCCACCUGCGAAGGGGUGAACACGGACGUGCGUACCCGCCUGCUCAGCCACCUCUCGGCUUGCCUGGGUCAGAUCGUGGCCAUGAACUACCCACCACCGCCUCCACCACCGCCGCCUCCAGCCAGCCAGACCGCACAUCUGGCACAGCAGCCCCUGCACGUCCAGCUGCCCCCCGCAGCAGCCGGAGCAGUGCCCGUGCCCUGCAAGCUGAACCCUGCCGAAGCCCUGUCCCCCAAAGUCUAUGGGGGCUUCCAGCUCGUCCCUGCUACCGACGGCCAGUUUGCUUUCCUCAUCCCGAAUCCAGCUUUUCCUCCCAGUUCCGGACCUGUUAUUCCCUUGUACGCCAACACCAACGUCCCCGUGUCCGCAGGCAGCGGGUCGGGAAACGCAUCCGCCACCCCAUCAGCAUCCCCCGUGCAGGGGUUGACAUCAUUUGGGGGCAGCAUUGUUCCAGCAUCCCAGGCGGGAAGUCCCGUUGGAGAGCGCAGUGAAUCCGUGUGGAGACCUUGGUGACUUGCCUAAACCGAUCCCCAUUCCCUAAGAAAAAAACCCAACAAACUCUUCCGUUGGCUCCGUUGUAUGGAGCCCCCUUGGGGUGUUUUUUUAAGCAGCUUGAAACAGAAAGGAAGGAAAAGGACCUCGCUAUGAACCUGCUAUUUAUUCUAUUCAGAGGUUGGGAUCUCGACUUGUAUUUUUACUCCUUUAAAAUGCCUUUAUUUGAGAUACUUUCUUUUUUUUUUUUUUUCUAAAAUAAAGAUUAAAAAGUGAGAAAUAGUUUUGUAACAGAUAUUCAAAAGUCUAAUGCCAAAGUUGUUUGUAUCCUGUUUGUCUGUGCGUGUGUGUGUGCCUGUGGUAAAGACCUCCAAAAACCAAGAGAAAUGCAGGUGUUUAAAUAAAUAAACUCGUUGAAAUAGA